UGGCCGUACGUCUUGGCGGAUUAAUAUUUGUCUUCUCGUCGGACGGUUGGGUGAAUUUUUGUUUGUUUCUGUCAUGGCCGACGCGCUCGAUGCGAGCGUAUUUAUGGCCGGAUCGUGUCAGUGUGCGGUGGUCAGCGGUGAUACACGGUAAUGUAUUGUCGUUCUCCGUUGAAGGCUGGUGAAGUUGUGAGUGUCUAGCAGCGCGAGACAUGGGUGACGAUAAUAAUGGGCAGACGAGUGGGUGUCGAUGCGGAGAUAGACGCUACUAUUAGCGAGCUCGAAGUGCUCGUCGCGUCGGAGUCGGGGGGGCAGGAGGAAGAGGAGGAGGGGGAGGAGAAGGAGAAUAUAUGCGACGGGAGGUCCGCGACGACGAGGAUGGAGUCGCGGCACCCGCGCAGGAACCGUCUGCGUAGCGUCGUCGGGGUAUGUCUGUUUCUCGCGCUGACCGGGAUCAUCUAUCUGGGCUACUUCUGCCCGGAUCACGUGUGCGCCCUGACGAACCGCGAGAUCAAGGAGUCUAUCAGGCUGUCCGAGAGUCUGUCCGUUGCCGCCGGACCGCCUGCCGCCGGAUCCGCCGCGCUGUCUUCCGUGUCCAUCGAGCUCGACAGGAACGGUCUGCUCUCAGUGCAUCCCGCCUUCAAGCUGCAGAGCAUCCAGGGUAGUCUAGGCUACGACGAUGUCUUCGCCAACGACACCUUUCAAUUUGACAUCAACGCUCACGAUGUCAUGGUCUUCCUCCAUAUACAGAAGACAGGUGGCACACUAUUCGGCAAACAUCUGGUGCGAGAUCUAGAGUUGCAGAGACCGUGCUCAUGCCAACGACGACGCAAGCGUUGCUUCUGUUUCCGUCCAAAUCGUAACGAAAAUUGGUUAUUCUCACGGUACUCCACCGGCUGGAAGUGUGGACUACACGCGGACUGGACCGAACUGACGAAUUGUGUAGAUACGGAGCUCAAUAAAAUUGAAGGGGAAGGCAUUAAGCGUCGUUACUUUUACAUAACUAUCAUAAGGGAUCCCGUUGCGAGAUAUCUCUCCGAGUUCAGGCACGUACAGAGAGGUGCUACGUGGCGAGGUGCUCGUCACUGGUGCGGAGGUACUCAAGCAAAUAUACCCCAGUGUUAUGAUGGCCCCAAUUGGAAAGGUGUUACUCUGGAAGAGUUUAUGGAAUGUCCCUACAAUUUGGCGAGGAACCGUCAAACGAGAAUGCUGGCAGAUCUAUCGAUAGUUGGCUGUUACAAUUCUACUCUCAGCAAAACUGAUAGAGACCGUCUGAUGUUGGCCAGUGCUAAGCACAACUUACAAUUUAUGCCUUUCUUCAUGCUGACUGAGUAUCAGAAGGUGGGACAAUACACCUUCGAAGAAACGUUUAAAAUGCGAUUUGCGGUUGCGUUUGAGCAGCAUAAUGCUACACUUAGUGCAGCUACUAUGGCAACCCUCAGCGCAGAACAACUGGACGCCGUACGUAAACUCAACAGCUUAGACCUAGAACUUUACGAAUUUGCAAAGAAUCUCGCUUUUCAAAGAUUUAAACGGCUUAGAGAUCGUGAUCCACAUUUCGUACAACGAUUCCAACACCUUGGUGAAUUGCCAUCGAGGCAAAGUGCCACAGAAUUUAAUUGGGAUUCUGUCAUUGAAGAUACUACAGAUAACGAAUGAUAUGUGAGUACGUUAUUAAGCAAUCUUCGGCGCUUUGCAUUUCGAUACCAAACGUUACUGGAUCUGAGCGUCUGAGGGAAGUGCCCUUGAAACAAAAUACUUUAUGUAUAAAUCAAUAACUUAACUGCAUAAAAUUUACCAAAAGCACAGAAAUGUACUUGGAUAAGACCAAAGAAAGGUUCAAGAACCUUAGUGUGAUGAACCUGUUAGUAUUCUGGCAGCAGUUAAAAGCAUAAAAAUUAUAUAUGUAAUACAGUUGAUUUCCUCUAUUUUAAGAUUAUCAGGACCGAGUCACUUUUCGAAUUAUUUUCUCUAUUCAAUGAUUUCCUCUCAAUACCCACUUUUAUUUUAAUAGCAAAUGUACAAAGUGAGACUAUUGUUGCACACUCUGUCUCUCACUCGCUUUCUCAUUCUAAUUUUGCAAUUUAGUCAUGUGGAAAAGUGAAUAUGAAUAUUAAGAAAGCAGCAUGAAAGAACUAGAGCAUCCUAAAGGACAAUAGGACAAGUUUGCUUGGAAUAAAAGAAAAUCUAGAAUAAAGGAAGUCGAUCCUAAUAGUCAAACAUUAUCUAUCAUCUGAAAAAUGUUCGUAAAUUUUAUAAAAGUUCUUCCAUAUAUAAGUAACAUAUCUUUGCUUAUAAUUAUAGUCAUGAAAUUGAUAUUUUUUUUUUACAUUUUAUGACUUAUCUGCAAAUUAUUGCCAUAUGCGCCAAAUAAUGUUUUUUUCUAACAUUAAUUUAUACACAUAUUAAUUAUACCGGCAUACAUCU